AUUGGGAAUUAAAAUUCUUCGGUAGCGUGGAGUUUGUAAGACGGGUAAUUUUUCGCUGUAUUUGACCGUCAGUUUGUUAAGCAGUAGGGAAUAAGAAGGCUUAGCAGUACUCAAAGAAUGAAAGUCCUUCAUUGUUAGGAUGGGAACGAUACAGCAGACUUCCGUUUGUUCGUGUUACAUGAAUAUUUACUUGUUGAUAAUCCAUGCUCUCGACGUGGACCUCGUAUGCGUGUUCAUAGUUCAAAUGUGUGCCUCUUCUGCUUGUAUUGUGAAAUAGUGGCUGUAACGUUGUAUUAAAGCUGAGAUUAUUUCUUGAAGUAACUCUUGGUGAAACAAAACGCAAUCGUCUGAGGAUCGGUCAUUAUUCGCAUUUAAUCUACCGUAUUUAAUUUUAUUAAUUUGUUCCUCGCUUUACAAGAAUUUGUGCUGCUCAGGCGUGAUGCUUCGAUGGUAAAAUUCGUCAAGCGGAUAUUUUCUGGUUGAGAAAAUGAUUAGAAAAUAUUCCCUGCAAAGAACUCUAUAAUAUUAUGCAGGUGAUCCUUCGAACACUUGGCAAAUGCAGCUUAUGUAUACCCAUCUGGCGAGGUGUAUUUUUUUCUUUUAAUUAAUUGAUAUUUCAGAAUGCAUCACCGUAAUUUAUGUUCGCUCACUGUCGUAGUUAGAGUGUACUUCUUCACCUUGGAAAACAGCACUUGUUUGCACUUCAUAUCUGUUUUAUUCAUUGAACAAAUAGAUCGGCUCUAAGUAACCAUUAAAGUAAGAAUCAGAAAUUAUUAUUUGCCAUAACAUAUAUCAUUGAGCAUAAUGUCUGUAUCCUCAGUACUUCAUCAUGUUUAUGGCAACAUUGCAACAAGUUAGGAGUGCAAAAUUUGCCUCGUUUUGAUCAUUUUUUUGUUAUUAUUGUCAAGAUGUCUGGAAUCAAUCGUUGAUGAAACCAGUAGGAUACCACAGGUUAUGAUUUUUUUUAGGUGACAAUAAAUUUUCAUAUCCAUGAUAUUUAGAAGGAAAUGAUGUGGUAUUGACUGAUUUUGUUGGCAAACGAUAUCUCAGGAUUAUAAGAAUACUGAAUUAUACAUAUACUGUGGGCUAGUCCUUUUAAAAAUUUUAUUUUCCUUCAAAGAGAACUUUGUAGAUCUCAAGUGGAUGACCCUUGACAAACAAAUCAGGAGGAACUUUGAUCUUUAUGAUUCACUGUGUGGUAUCCUCUAUUCACCUUGAACAUCUGCAGCUACAAGUGUAGCUCAUUCAUCCAUCUUGCAUGACAGUUGCCUGACUUGGUUCCAUCCCAGAUGCACAACUUAACUGAUAGAUUAACCCCCUGUGGAAUACAACUACCCCCUGGGGUAAAGACAUGCCUCAUAAAUCAGUUGAAACUGUAGGAUUCCACUUAGUAACACUUGGAGGUGGAAUAAAUUUGAUGCCAACUUUUACCAGCAACCAAUGAUAGCUAGAGAUUCCCAUGGCUAAGAAUUUUUUCUUGCAAUUGUUUUAUAGAAAUGUAUGUAAAAUUGUUAUUUUGCUUUGUUUACAUUAUAUUUAUAUUUUGUAACAAAAACCACUGGUAGUAGAGAGGAUGCUGUUGACGUACAUCUGCUUUUAAAAGCUUUUUUCUUUUUGUUACUGCAUGUGUCUGCUCUGCUCAAUGUGACAAGUUACUUGUAUGUUUAAUUUUUUUUCCUUUCACCAUGAGCCCGGGAUAGUAGAGGUGUCCUUAAAACAAUAUAGGUGUUUUAUCAAAGUAAUGGUUUAUCUGAAAAGUGCUUUAUUAAACAAGAGAGACUGUCUCUUGUAAGGGCUGCUACAUCUUGAAAACUUUCCCAAAAUUUUGUGUAAACUACCUUAGAAUUGUCAAGUUACCCUUGGUGGUGAGAGGAAGGUGUAAAUUUGUGCUCCAAGAUGUGAUCACUUGUAAUCAAUUGUUUUUGACUGACUUUCGUUGAAUAACACUAAUAAAUUUCGGCCCAACAUGGUUUACUUAUGGUAUUAGCACAUCUACUUCUUUCAUAUCCUUCCUUAGCAUUUAAACAUACAACAGUGUAGAUGGUAGGUAUAGUGUAUUUAAGCAAGACUGAGCCAUUAGAUAUAAUAUAUUACAAGGCCUGUAAAUCUUCUAGGAAUUGGUCAAUGAGAGUUCUGUGGGUCCCCAUCUGAAUUGUACAGGGCACCCUUUGAAGAGAAAAACAUGUAUCAUAAGUAGAGUUACUUGUACAUGUAAAGCAAGAUACACUAUUGGAUGGGAUUGGAUAAAUGUGCAGGGUCACUUUGUUUGAAAUCAGUUUUCGUCUUUGGCCUACCCUCUUCCCUAAGCAGUUCUUAUUUUCAUUGUUGCUGUAAUUUGACUUCCCAGGAAGUUCUAGGAUAUUUGCAACUGUUAACUGACACAGCAAUUUUUUUGUGAUGAUAAUAAUUUAUUGCUCAGUAAAAUAACACUUUGUUUAACUGCAUUCAGUCAUGUUAUUUUUUAGCACAAGUAUGUUGUUUCAUAUCAUUUUCCCUCACAUAUUUCCAUACCUGCACUUGAUUUUCAAGUAGCACUAAAUAUUUACCUUGGUUAUGCCGCCUCUUUAAGAUAUUCCCUUGUGCCACGCAUGACUAGAGAAUCAGUGACAGCUACAUCUUUCCUAUUCACUCUCUUGAAAGAAUCUGCUCUCAGGGCUGUCACUGCUUGUCGGUUCAGAGGAAGGGCUUCCAGUGGAGCUACCAUGAGCAUUAACCCUGGCUACUUUCAUAGGGAAAGAAAAGGAAAAUAGAGCCAAAUGAACCUCUUGGCUGUUCAAUUAUUUUCUACGUACUAUAAAUUUCAUACACCCUGCAACUUCAGAUCUUAGUGAUGGCCCUGACUCUAGAAAUCUUACACACAACUACCCCCUGGUUAUCUCAGUUGGAAGAUUGUUGGAUUGCUGAGUGGGAGGUCGUGGGUUCAAACCUCGGCUUGACCAACACUCAGGGUCUUUAAAUAACUGAGAAGAAAGUGCUGCCUUUGUAAUGACAUCUGCAAAUGGUUAGACUUUCUAGUCUUCCUGGACUAGGACAAAAACACGCAGGGCCUGUCUCAGAGCACUUUCACUUAUCUGGAUAUUGUGGGACGUAAAAGAACCCACACCACUGUUCGACAGGAGUGGGGGACAUAGACCCCAGUGGUGUGGUUAACCUUUCCUGGGCUCAGUGGGUUAUGUGUAAGGAGAGAUCUUAAUGUAGGGUUAACCUCAUCAUCCUCCUUCAGGAGUCAUAAUGGCUACUUGUAAAAAAAAAAAACAGUGUAUGUAUUUAAAAGAAGCCAGCUGAUGAUACUUUUGUAUUUACGUUUUUAAGGUACAAGUGUCCAUGCAAGUGGUUUAGUAUCACCUACAGAACCCAAGCUGUUUCCUCAUGCUGCUGUACUCAUGACAUCCAAUGGACACCCUGUUUUGGUACCACAGCCAUUAGUUCAAGGAGAAAGAGGAGUCAAUAUCCCAUCACCUUACCUAGCACAAGCUAGUGUUUUCUACACUCCACACUUCUUUCCAGCUCAACAUUUUGCAGCACAACGUGCAACAUUGCAGCAGUAUGCUCAGGUUUCUCCACUGUUACAAUUACAUGCAAACUCACCUUUACCAAGAGAAAUGCACACAUUACAUAAUGGACUUGGAGAUUUGCACAGUGUGUCUCCUGAUGCAAAUGGCAAGGAAGGAGCGGUCAUGAACCAAUGUUCAGUGCAAGAGUCUGUCAUAGUUAGUAACCCAUCGGCUAAAAAUCGCAGGCAAUCUUAUGCAGAUCUUGACUCAGUUUCUUCCCCUUCCCCUAUUGCUAUGCCAGCACUUUCCCCAUUAACAGCAAAGACGCCCUCAAGCCCUGGAACCCCUCAGCAAGCUGCAUCUUCACCCGAUGAAGUGGAAAUUUGUGUAAUUUGUUCUGAUAAGGCUACAGGGCAUCAUUAUGGAGUCACAAGUUGCGAAGGCUGUAAAGGAUUUUUCAAAAGAAGUGUUCAAAAUAAGAAAGUUUAUUCUUGUCGCAAUUUGACUCAAGACUGUCCAGUCGACAAACGUCAUAGAAACCGUUGCCAGUUCUGUAGAUUGCAGAAGUGCAUUAAAGCAGGCAUGCUCAAAGAAGGUCAGUGGAAUUCACUUUCACUGAACAAGUGAAAAUUCAUAUUUUCAUGAUAUACACAUCAAGGAGAUCGGGAAUUUGAAAAAUUUGUCAUGACUUUGGGGAAAAUUUUUCGUGUAACUUUCUGGAGGCCACAUUAUAUGGCAAAAACGUCUCUUUUGUGAAAAAUUACAAAUGUAAUAAUGUAAUUACUCCAGACCAGGUUUUGCUGAGAAUACUUACUCUUGUUAGAUUCACAACAACAUUAGAAAUUUUAGAGGUUCUAUUAAAUACGAUGUUUUCAAUGGGCAAUAACCUUACACUUGCUAUGCUUGUGAUUUGGGAUCAGUUGUUUGAAAUCAUGUUAGUGGCAUACACUGUAGAAUCAGAAGCUCUGUCUGAAGGGGUUUUCCAAUGAUGUGAAUGUUUCAGAUAGUACAAAAUCUUGAUGUUACACUAACAGUAUUUCCCUUGUUAGCAUUUGCAUAUUAAUUCGCAUAUUAGUGCAACAGGAAGAAGAGGACAGCAAAAUGUUUGUGUGUGACAAACAUGACAGGGCUGUUAUGUGUGUUUUGUUGUGAUCUUCCCUUGAUAUAACUGUGUUCUGGUCCUUUACAAAAAAUCUGUUCAAAGGAAGGUGAAGUUUGGCAGAAAAAUUUUUUCAAACAUAAUAGUAUUAUUGUUCUACUUUGUCACACAAGGUUUGCCGUCUUCUUUCCUCUGACAUCCUAUUGCAGAUUUCAUUAAUCUUUUUAACUUCAGUGCAUUACUUUGAAAUUAUUACAUGGCGAUGUGUUUUAUUCAGUUGUAAUUGGAUUAUUUGCCAGCCAAUCAGUGUACAUCUCCUUUUUACUCAACUGUUAAUGUAACAAAACUAUUGCAUUGAAUUUCAUAGCUGUACGUGAAGAUCGAACCCCCGGCGGCAAACACAAGAACAAUUCAAAUUCAGCUGGUGCAAGGAUCAAAUCGGAACCAGCAGCUAAAAUGGCUCGGACAAGUUCAACCGGCAGUUCAAGUUCAGAUCGUGUAGAUGCACCACUGACAAUAAAGCCUCCCUCAAGAACUUUUCCUUCGUUUAUUAAAGAACUGAUGAAACAUGAGCCUCGGUCAGAGGGGCAUUCUGCAGAUUGUCAGGGAUGCAAAAUCGAGGACACAGGACAGAAAACCUUGGCUCAUGUUACACAGCGAGCUGAAGAGCAAAUUAAAAGAAACCUGGAAUGGUUCAAAUGCCUUCCUUUUCUCCAUAGCAUUUGUGAUAGAGACCAGAAGACCCUUUCAAAAAGUGCUUGGGUGGAACUUAUGCUUAUCAAUUUAACUAAACAAUCCCUGCAAUUAGAGAAUGGAGUCUGUCUGUGUGAGGGACAAGUUUUAGACUAUUCAACCGCUGAAGUGACAGGAAUUGGGGACAUUAUGCAUCGUGUAAUGCAGCUCACAGCAAAGUUUAAGGAAUUGAAUCUGGAUGAUGCUGAAUUUGUUUGCAUAAAAGUAAUAAUUCUUUUAAACCCAGGUACGGAAAAUUUACCUGUAAUGUAUGACUUUGUAGAAAAGUGUCACAAUUUAUUAUACUAUUUUGUAGUUCAAUUUUUGAUUACUCUAAUGCUUAGUUGAACUAAUUCUCAGGACUUGACACUGUUUUUUCAAAUUUUAUAAAAUAAAGUUUAUUAAAAACGGGUAAAAAAACAUACAGCCCCCACCCACAAGUAGUCUGAUGGCAUAGCAAACCCCUUCAACCAUCUAUUCUUGAUUUCUGGUUCAUUUGUUUUUCUGUUAUUAUUGUUGUUGUAGAUGUCAAAGGUCUUAUGGAUCAGCCACUUGUGGAGCAACUGCAGGAUAAAGUACAUGCAUCAUUACUGGAAUAUAACAACAACUUUCAUCCGGGUGAACCAAAUCGCUUUGGAAACACCCUUUUAAGAUUACCAGAAUUGAGAUCAAUCGGAACGAAGAGUUUGGAACGUCUCUUUAUGCUCAGUCUCACUGGACAAAUCCAUCCAAGCUUGUCACUGUCGGAACUUCUCCACUCUACAAAAAGAUGACUUGUGUGUAUACCAGGUUAUUUAUGUGCAGUGUAAGUGAAGUGAAUGUAAGCUCUAAAACAUCGACCGUAUUUCAGCUGUUUCACUGUUACUCUUCUUGGUUAACUCUCCAGUUAUGUGUGCAGGCAUGUACAUGUUACAAUAUGUAUGUGUUUGCAGGUGUAAUAUUGUGCAAGUUCUGUGCCCUUCCAUGUAAUAAUUUAACAGAGAAUCUAGGGACAGUUACUUUUUUAAAAUACGAUGUACUCUUAGUCCAAAUAGGGACCUUAAGAUCUGAGGAUGGCGACAGCAUCAAAAACGUCAUUUUAAAAGUGAAGUUGCAUUUUUUCAAUAUGCAUCUCAAUUAUUCCAACUCACUUUGUCAAAUGUUGGUGAACUUUGCCGCAGAUGAUUCCUUAAGAACUAUAAUUAUCCAAGCCCAGAAAAAGAAAGAAAAUUUUUUGUAUCAAGUCACGGCUUGUUUAUGUCCUCAAUAAAAUGUGAAACGAGGCAUUUUCAUGUUGUAGUCAUGUAGUGAUGGUGAAGAAAUGUACAAAAAAGUGUGAUGCACAUCCAAGGUUGUCGAACCUAAUGGAGUGCUUUUGUGAUGAUUUCAUUGCCAUUGCCAUCAUUGGAUCUUACCGUAACAUCCCUAAAGUCACUGCUCAACAUCUUAGGCCUGGUACAUUUUAAAAAGCUGAACUUUCAAACUUAAAUAGGAGCUAGAUUGCCCCCUGAUCAAGAAAUGGCAUGUUGAUAGUAUUAUCCAAACUUGAUUCAGUACUGUAACAGUUCGAGGUAAAAUUUCCAAGUAUAAUAUGUGUCAAAUUUGGCAUCCAAAUCAAAAUUUCCGCUAAUGUUUAUCGAGUGGGAAUAAUGGCAGUACCAUUCGAACUGAGGUAACCCUCCUUAACUGAUUAGAAACCAAAAUCUUUUCAUCUAUUUUAGAAAAUAAGAACCUGUUUCAAAUUUUAGGCUUAACAGGUUCAGAGAGGGCUUAACUGGCAAAUGUUAGCCUAACAGGCUCUUAAAAUCUGGGUUGGGGUUUUACUGAUAAGGUAAGACUAACCUACUGGACUACAGAGCGCGGAACCUGUGGAACUUAAAGAAAUGUCUAUCUUUCUUUCAUGAUAUCAACUCAAACUAGCACUUAUUUAAAUGUACCUGUACAUCACUUGAAUUGAUUACUUUGAUGGUACAACCGUCUGAAUUUCCUGUUUCCUAUUAACCAUGUGGUUAUUUUCCCAUUCCUUAUGAGGUCACGUGCUGCUAUUGCUAACUAAAUGGCCAAUGCUUUAAUGUACUGACAAGAGAAAUUGCUAAUGCUAGCAAGUGGUUAAUGCUUAGCAUCAACUUCAUAUGAUUUAUGCUUCUGUUAACUUCCAAACCUAAGCAAAAAAAAAAUUGGAAUCUCUCAUAGGCGAGAAAAAAUAGGCAAUUGCUAAUUGUGACUUGUCACACAAUCCACCUUCCAAGGAAUUAGUUAUUUUCAUGCUAAGCACCAGUAAAAAGGGUCUCGAAGCUCUUGUGCAUGCAUUAUCCUAAAUGUAUAUAAAGAGAGUGGGAACAGGGAAAUCGUAACUGGAAAUGACACCUGAAAAAAAAUUGAGCGGAUAGCAAUGUUGCGAUAUACAUGAAGUCAAGUUUCAACCAAAAAGAGAAUUAUAGUUAGUAACUAAUACCAAAGUAGUUUUUGUCAUUACAUAGAAUUUUUUGUGACAUAUUUUUAUCAUGUCAACCUUAUAAAUGUACCUCCAAAUGCAGUUGCAAUAAAAACGGUAGUCUCUUUAAGUUCCACUGGAUUUUCAAGUUCCGUGGUUGUACGGUCUGCAGGUCCAUAUAUAGAUUAGUCUUACAUGCAAAUAUGAAGUAUGUUGUACAUGUAACCAUCUUUAAGGGGAAAGAGAAAUGUUCAGCAACAGUACAUACAAGCAUGCACUGAAGGGCAACUGUAUGUCAGUCUGAGUGAAUAGUAUUUGCAUUGUAGAUGACAACUGUGUUAAAAUCCUAGUACUGAAUCAAUUUGAAGAACUUUAUUUGUUUGGUACUUUAUAAUCACAAGAGCACUGGCAUUUUCUGAUGAGAUGGUAUGAAUCUUAUUUUAUCUUUGACUCUAAUUAUUAAGGCUUACAGGGUUUUAAAUUCUAGGCACUUCUUAGUAUAUAAAUCUUUCAUGAGGAUUUUUCUGAAACAAAGCAAAUCUCAGAUAGUAUCUUAUUACCGGUUCAACACUAGUGGCAGUUAUUUGGGUUUCUCCAGCCCUGGCUAAUACGUUUAUUAACAAAUUUUAUGAAGACAUCAGAGAGAUUCAGGGUUAGAUAUUGCAUGUCCUAUAUUUUAUGCUAAAUUUUAAAAUUGUGACUUCCUCCUGCUUAGAGUUAAGCAGAGUAAGAACCCUUGAAAACGAUACUUUGUAGUCAAAAUAUAUGUAAUAAUCGGCCAGACAUACUUUUUGUUAACCUAAAUUAUCUUGGAAAAAAUUAGUCCCCCAAGAUCAAUUUUUUUAUUUUAGAUAUCUGUUUCUUGUUAGACGGAUAUCUGGGAAAAUCCUGUACAAAUUGUAGGCAAAAGGUUUGAAAUAGUUAAACAUUGAACUGGUGCUAGUAAAAAAAGCCUUGAUGAGUGACUGCUGAAAACUGCUUGAUUCUCCUCCAAAUUGCCCUGUAUUUGCUUGCAAAACACUGGGAGAAUUUGAUGAUGUGUCGUUCCAGAAAAUAUCCACACUCGUCCAUCUCAUAGAAGUUUAAUUUUGCUUUGAGCAAAAGACUGUCUAUGACCCCCUUGCGCUUCCCUUCCCCACGAGGUGUGGUUUCCUGAACCACACAAUAAAGCAAUAGUCACUUAAUGGCCAUUUUACCAUGCACCCCUUGAAUUGUAGUUUUUGUGUUAAGUUCAAAUAACUCCAUUACCAGGCGAUGAUACCAAUACAGGACAAAACAUUGCCGUUUCAUAGUGGCGUUGUGUCUUUUGGUGUAUGGUAGUCCCCCCCUUAAAAAUGGGGAAGCGGGGCUCCUAUACACAGUUAAACAUUAAUGUUUCAUAUUAAAUUCUUUCUCUUUGGAAGGGAAAGGAGCUUUUACUGUUUCAGCAUCUGCGUUUAGAUGGAUCUAAUAUUAUUUCACAUUGUUAAGAUGAGCUCACUGUUAGUGCGCAAAACAUUGAAAAUAUUAUAAUUUACUGCCAACAAGCUAAAUAAAAGUGAGCUAUAUAUAUUUUUUAAGUGUUUUACACUAUAAAAUAUGUGGAUAAAGAGUAACUUUAACUCUGCAAAUGUUGAAUAAAUAAACAUGUCAAUUGAGAGGUAACAUUUUUUCUUGUUAAAAACAUGAGGGGUCAUGUUACAGGUUUCAUGUCACAGCAACAACAAUUUUAUUUUACAAAGUACAUGUAACAUACUAUGCACAC